CGCGGAGCGAGGCCGCCGCCGCCGCGCAGCUGAGGGGGAGCGGGCGCGGAGCGGAGCGCGGCCGGGGCGGCCCGGCUCCAGCCCCCGCAGGAUUUUUGUUGCCAAGAUACUACAGCAAGGAAGAUGAGAAGGUUCUUAAGACCCGGACACGAUCCAGUGCGAGAGAGGCUCAAGCGCGACCUUUUCCAGUUCAACAAGACUGUGGAGCAUGGAUUUCCCCACCAGCCCAGUGCCCUGGGCUACAGCCCGUUUCUCCGUCUCAUGGCCAUUGGGACACGAUCAGGAGCCAUCAAGGUAUAUGGUGCUCCUGGGGUGGAGUUCAUGGGUUUACAUGAAGAAAACAACACUGUAAUGCAGAUUCACUUUAUACCUGAUCAGUGCCAGCUGGUGACACUGCUGGAUGAUAACAGCUUGCACCUCUGGAGCCUGAAGCAGCACGGAGGAACGUCCGAGCUGCGGGAGGAGCAUCGCUUCACCCUCAAAGGGCCACCUGGCUCUCCACCAAGUGCCACCCAGGUAACAGCUGUGCUUCCCCAUUCCUCACGGGAAGUGCUGUACCUGGGCACAGAGAGUGGCAACAUCUUUGUGGUGGAGCUGCCCUCGUUCCGAGUGCUGGAGGACAGGACCAUCACCCCCGAGGCCGUGCUGCAGCGGAUACCAGAAGAUAACUGCAACAGACGAUCCUGUGAACUGGUGGAAGCUCUUCAGGAGCAUCCCAAGAACCCUGACCAGAUCCUAAUUGGAUACAGCAGGGGCUUGAUUGUCCUCUGGGACCUGCAGAAUAACAAAGCAACACACCAUUUCCUGGGCAGCCAGCAACUGGAGAACCUCUACUGGCAGAGGGAUGGCAGUAAAUUCAUUAGUUGUCACUACGAUGGAAGUUACAGCCAGUGGCCAGUAUCCAGUGACAACAGGCAGUCAGAGCCUCUGGAAAACACUGUGCCUUAUGGUCCUUUUCCUUGCAAGGCCAUCUCCAAGAUCUACUGGCAGACAACAAAAAAUGGGCUUCCUUACAUAAUAUUCCAAGGAGGAAUGCCCCGGGCUAGCUAUGGAGACCGGCACAGUAUCUCUGUUAUCCACGGCAGCCAGCAAACAGCCUUUGACUUUACCUCACGGGUGAUAGACUUCUUUAUAAUCUUCAGUUCAGCUCCUGCUGCAGAGUUUGAUGACCCCUCUGCCCUGGUGGUGCUGGCAGAAGAAGAGCUCGUGGUCAUAGACUUGAAAAGUGCAGGCUGGCCAGCAGUGCACCCUCCAUACCUGGCCUCCCUGCACUGCUCAGCCAUCACCUGCUCUCACCACGUCUCCAACAUCCCACUGAAGCUCUGGGAGCGGAUUAUCAGCGCUGGGAGCAAGCAGAACAUUCACUACUCCAGUAUGCCGUGGCCGAUUGAUGGUGGCACCAACAUCGCUCCAGAUCCUCCGCAGAGGGACUUGCUGCUAACAGGCCAUGAGGACGGCACAGUGAGGUUUUGGGAUGCCUCUGGUGUCUGCUUGCACCUUCUCUAUAAGCUGAGCACAGUGAGAGUGUUCCUCACGGAUGCUGAUCCCAAUGACAACAUGAACACCCUGGGGGAGGAUGAAUGGCCUCCCCUCCGCAAGGUUGGUACCUUCGAUCCUUACAGUGAUGAUCCAAGACUUGGGAUCCAGAAGAUCUACCUGUGUAAAUACAGUGGAUACUUGGCUGUAGCUGGUACAGCAGGACAGGUCUUCACAUUGCCCAAGGUCAGCUCCAAACUGAAGCUCAAGCUGACAGCCCUGGAGGGCUGCAGGGUUCGGAAGGUGACAGUUGCCAACUUUGGCAGCUGCAAGACUGACGAUUACAGCGAGAACGACCUGGCAGUGCUGACCAACCUGGGAGACAUCCAGAUCAUCUCCCUGCCCUUCCUCAAGCUGCAGAUCCGCUACCCCUGCAUCCGCAAGGAGGAUGUGAGCGGCAUUGCAUCCUGUGUCUUCACCAAAUAUGGCCAAGGUUUCUAUCUGAUCUCGCCCUCGGAGUUUGAGAGGUUUUCCCUUUCCACCAAAUGGUUGGUGGAGCCCCGGUGCAUCGUGGACAUGCCAGAAGUGACAAGCAACAACCACGUGCACAAGUCUGGCACAGAGAAUGCUGCAAGGAAAUCCAGGGGACCAGGAAUGAGUCCAGGUGACUGUGGAGAAGAUGAAAGGAAGUCUGGGAGGCUGAUGGAACAUGCCUUACUCAAUGACGAAAAAGUGCUGAAGGAGAUCCAGAGUACUCUGGAGGGGGGCAGAGGGAGCUAUGCAGAAAAAAAUUCGGCAAGAAGUCCACUAGGACAUGGACUAAGUAAUGGAGGAGCAGAUUGACCAGAACUCACGGAGGACACCGUGGCAUUGGAUCGAGUGCCAUAACACUACUGAGUGGGCAAACCGUCCCUGGGGAGAAGGCACCAGUGCUGCCAGCAGCCAGGCUGGGGAGCUGCAGCCCAGUGCUGUGCUUCUGCCUCUGCCUCCCCUCUAGUGCCUCUUGGAGACCUCUCCUGCUGGAGCCCACCUUGCUUUAGCACAGCAAUGGAUGCCAGGUCUGAUGCACCACAAGCCUCUGAGUACAUCUAACAUUCAAAUGUUUGCACAUUUCUCUUUUCUACUGGGCUGGGUUUUAAAUUAUAAAUGUUUUACUGCCUUGGUGCAGGAUUUUAAUAAACGCACACUGUUACCUCCAACAAUUAUUUUUUGUACAUUUUUUAAAAAAAUCUUAUGGGUAUUUCAGUUUUAACAGAAACAUUUAGAAAUUUACUUUAAGAAAAAAAAAACAUUAAGUAAUAUAUGCUAGAUUCCUGUGACUGCUGUAUGUGGUAUCUGAAUGAGUAAUUUUGGGGUUUGUUUGUUAUGGUACUGUUAACUGGCUUUAUGGAUUUGGGUAGAAUCUAUUUUUGUAGCCAUUCAAAUCGGAGGAAAACUAAUUGAAUUUGAUUUUUGUUUCAACACUACAUUGCUUUUUUUUUUUUUCAAUAAAACUCUGA